UUUGUCUCUUCCGAUUUGAAUUUUUAUCUUUUGCUUUUUUUUCAUACUGCUGAUUUUUCUUCUCGGUUUUCCUUACCUGUCUGCGCCAUUUGUCGAAUCUCGCGAGAUACGACGAUGUCUGGCGUUAUCCUUUGUUAGUCCCUAUAAGUUGCGAAGAUCGCCGAAGAGCCCCGGGCGCUUCGGUAUGACAAUGACUACGAGGUUUACGUCGCUAUUUCAUUUGUCGGUAUGGCUGCUCGCCGGGCAAGUGUCGUGCGGCUCCAUUGCGGCGUGGUGGAACACAAGGGGGCCCAGCUUCAUAGUACAAGACGAUGAUACUGGUGGCAUACGAUAUAGUUUGUGUAAUGGGAAUCACACGCCGGUAUUUCCAGACGACAAAACGCUCACGACACCAUUCACGAAUCACCCACCGAAGAAUCAAACGAGUUUGACGGCAGCAGGAUGGACGGACAGCGAGACCGCCUGGGCGUCAAUAUUCUACAUGGAUAAUAACGAAAACAUUGUCAAUGCGGUGUUGAAGUGCGACUGGGAUACGGGUCAUUGGCAAAAUACGGGCGAAUACAUCAUAUCCGGAGGCUCUCCGAAGGUGGCAUCCAACUCGAGCUUAUCGGUCGUUCUAUUAGGAGCGACGGAUGGAUAUCGCGUAUUUUACAACGACCUCGACGGUACUCUACACCAACUCGGAUACACUAGCUCGUCCUCAUGGUCGCAUUAUGGCGUCGUCUCUCACGAUUAUAGUUCGACUCAGGCUAUCGCUUCUACGUUCUCUCAUAACAAUAUCUCGGUUGUAAGACCUAGAGACAACAAGAAUAUUGGUGUGUCGCAAUGGAAUAGCGAUAACUUGUGGCACAUAUCAUCGCUCCCACAACCAUUAACACUAACAGGCAACAAAUCAACCAACGCGACUGCGGCCUUCGACCUACAAGUGAACUCAGCUGCCUCAUCUUUCAGUCUCCCAGCCUGGGACGGUAGCGCAUCAUCGAUCGCCAUAGCGCUUGACAGCAGUUCCUCGCGCAGCAUUUUCUAUAUCGGCACGGAUCGAAAGUUGUACCAGGUCAACAGCACGAGCUCGGGUACUGCGUGGAAUGUGUCGCCUCGCCCCUCCAACGACAACGCAUGGCCCCUGGCCGAUACACCCGGCGCCCCAAUUGGUGUCGCGAGCGACCCCAGCAGCACCGGUGCGUUACGGCUAUACUAUGUUAGUGGCGGGCACAUGAUCGAAGUUGUCGGCGAUAGAGGAUCUUGGGGAGCCACAAGUACGAUAUCUACGUUCAACGAGAGCCAAAGUCAGAGCCAGAGCCGAAGCGAGUCGGCUACAGGCUCCGCGCAGAUUCCGUAUGUCACCGGCACACCGCCUUCAGCCCAGGAUGACAGCAAACUCAGCGACGGAGCGAAGGCCGGUAUUAGUGUGGGUGUCACACUCGGCGUUAUUGCAGUGGGAGGCACGUUUUUCAUACUAUGGUUAAUAAGAAGGCGCCAACUGGGUAUUCAUGAGGCGGCAAGAGCACAAGAACUUGCCAGGCAAAGAGCUAGAGCAAUGGCGGGUAGUCCGAAUAGCGGGUGGGCGGACCCGGCGGUGGCCGCAACGGCGUUUAGUGCGGCGGAGACAAUGAAUGCAUAUGGCGCACAUAAUAUGAAUGGAAACGUGGGUAUUGGACACGGACACGAUUUGCCGGAAGUAUAUUCACCGGAACUACAUCAACAAUACGCGGGAUACGCGAUUGCGGCACCACAAGGAGUGUAUGUGCCACAACAUCAACAAGAACUAUAUGCGCAACAUGGUUACGCGGUAGCGACGGAUCCAUAUGGCCAAGCAUAUAAAUACGGAGGAAGUCCGGCAAUGGGCACGGAGAUAGGACUCACACCGUACCCCCCGCAAACGGGAUUCGUGGCCCAGGAUGGUGGGUGGGCAUACGCUGCGCCGACGACGGAGGGGAUGAAUCAGCACCAGCAGCAGCAAUAUUACCAGCAAUUACAAUUACAACACCAGCAACAGCAACAGCAACAGCAACAGCAACAGCAACAGCAACAGCAACAGCAACAGCAAUUACGGCACCAGCAGCAGUUGCAACAACAGCAACAUCAGCAACCACCACAACAACCGUAUUACUACCCGGAACAUGCACAUGAGAUGCCGGAUCAAAGAAGACCGGUCGAGAUGAUGGGGGAGGGACAUUAUAAGGAGGCACCAUGAUUUGAAGGAUUAUUUAUUACGGUGCACAAUUAUGGGGGAAAAUAGGGGGAUGACUGAAAGGAUGGAUUGUAUAUAUGUGUAUAGGUAUAUACCCAUGGUAUUGCAUAUAGAGGACUUUAUAUGAUAAUAGCUUUCAAAUUUACAAGGAAUUAAGAC